AUGGCCACUCAAACCAUUACCAACAAAGACGAGUUGCAAGAGCUCAUCGAACAGAACCCGUUGGUCUUCGUCGCCGCUUUGGGAGCCGACUUCGAACCCGGUAACAUGGAGUUCGAGAAGAUAGCCCAAGAAAACGGUCAAGGCAGCGUUGUGUUUGCCAAGUUCCUUCUUGAGAAGGCGCCUGAACUGACGGCGCAUUUCAAAAUCGACGAUGUUGCCACUGUUAUUACGUUAAUUGGCGGCGAGAAGGGACCGACGGUUCCCGGAUUUGAACCGGAUAGAUGA